AUGGCUCUCGAUAGAAACAAUCGAGUCUCGCAAGAUAGACAACCCUCACCUUUCCGACGCGCCUCGAAAUUCGACCAUCACGAUAUACCUGCGAAACUCCCAUCACCCCCUCAAGAAGAUGGUCCGCAUCCACGACACGCUAUUCGCCCACGAUCUCUAGUCGAUGCGUAUCGAGACGCAUCAAAACACGCAAUGUCCUCCACAUACGAAGAAUAUAACUAUGUGACCACACCAAGCCCGCGAUCGAAGCGACAGGCGAUUAACGCGUUAUCGCCAAUAUCUCAGACCUCUCCUCCCCCCCAAGAACUAGAAGAUGCAUAUAGGCGAAUUGAUGAAGAUGACGCCCUAGCCGAUCUCGUGCGCGACUAUGACUGGGAGCCACAAUUCAGCGCACGCCCCGGAAGCCGAAAUCGCCCCCCGUCCCCCCGAGCAAAGUACACAAACGGCGGUCGAGCAUCUGCCAAUGGACGAUCCAUCUCCGACGCUAGUUUUGGCGAUGACCUCGGCGAUCAUCGAGCGCGCAAGAGUAGGGAUUAUACCAAGGAUGAAGAGCGCCUAAAGCGGGUCACGGGCCAACGCUCGCCGGUUUUCAGCAGGGCGCAGGUCGGACGGGAUGCCCUGACGGCAGAUAAUCUGAGGAGACGAAUGGAGGAUAAGACUGAGGUGGAUCAGCAGAUGCUAGAGGCUGACAUGAACGGUGUUCCUUCGCCGAAUGUACCCAGUGGUUGGGGUCAUCGCGCAGGUUAUCGACAAGAAUGGGAGAGAAAGCCUACCCAGCCUAGUAUCUCCGAAGAGGAGAAGGAAAAAGCGCGUCGACGCUGGUCGCCAAUGACGGAAGAAAUCCAAGCCCCCAGGUCUACGCGUACCUCCCCUCGUUCUCCGGCGCGAGCACUUUCUGCUAGAAGCGCGCUUGAGGAACGCACCGCCAAUCCGCAUAUGCAGGCAAUACGGGAGGACUACGGGGAAGCGCAGUCUGGUCCAAAGCCGACUUCGCCUACUAGCGGUGGCGAGCCAAUUCCAAAUUCCCCUAUCACAGUAUUCAAAAACGCGUCAUUCGCAAGGCCCAGCCUCAGCAAGCGCGACUCCCGGGAUUUACUACGCAAACUCUCAAGGACUGAAACCCCCAAAAUUGAACAUGUCCAGACUCCCGAGCCACUCAAACUGUUUCAAAGCAAAGUCUAUGACAAAACCCCUCGAGUAACUGGCGCGUGGAUCGAUACUCCUAUGACCCAGCGGGUGGCUGAGAAGGUCGAGCUUCCCGAAGAUCUGACGAAAGAUAUCAUUCCUCCACGCAUAACGGAUGAUCCUAAGGAUACUGCACCUACGAAACUCAUGGAGGUCGAAUCGAAACCCGGUGAACCGAAGCCCGCGCAGACUAGCGAAAAAGAGCCUCUUUCUGAACCACUUUCUGGAAAGCAGUCGAGGCCCGCGUUGCCGCGACCCCAUCUACCUAAAAGUGCAUUGGAGACAGUCAUUGAGGAUGCUAGCUCUGGCAAAGAUGUCGAAUUCGGAGAAGAUACCAUCGAGUCUCUUCAAGCAUUUAUGGACGGGCCAGGUGAACCUAAAAUAGAGGAAGACGACGAAGCUUACGAAAAGGCCGUCCUCGCCCAGCUCGAAAACGGCAGUUCAAAAGAAAAUAAUGCAGGCAAUUUGGAUUCAUUGAAUGCCAAGCUCAACUCUUUAAUGAGACAUAUUGAUGAGGUCAAGAAAGGGCUUGACGGCCUGGAAAAUUACGUUACACAAGACACCGCCAUUGUGUCGGAGGCAAGCUCCUUAAACAAGAAGAGCCUCCAGUCAUUACACCUGCACACAAGCGAUUCCGGCACAGGCCGUGGUACCACUCCCUCUGAUGGACGGGUCUACGCCGCGAUACCUCUCCCUCGGCUGUGGACGGGGAGCCCACGAUCCCAACGCCUUCGGCCAACCAAGCUCGGCUGGUUCAUCAUUAUUUCGCUCUCGUGGUAUAUCAUCGAAUGUCUGAUGUGGGACCGGUAUAGUCAUCCCGAGAUAUCAGAAAGCUGCGAAGGUUACUGCCUGCAGCCCGAUGCGCCUUUGUAUCCCUGGGUAACUGUCACGAUGUUGUGGCGCUGGUCACAUCUAUCGACUAUUUUCACGCCUAUUUUUGCUCUCUGUGUUGCUUUCUCUCGACUCGUGGCGCAAUUGAUGGGUCUCUCGGAUGGCUACGUCGACGACGCGCCGGAACUUGGAAAUAUCGUUGGCGAAAUCCGCAUCAACGGAACACCAGUCGCGUUCCCUUGGCUAUCAGCCCCCACGCCUGAGAACAUUGUGCCUCAACCACAGCAGGUCUACUAUACACAGCAGCCUGUGCAAACGCAGCCUGUCUGGUCGGUUCGGGACCCGCCCCCGCAGAGGUGGGACAAUGACCAGCUGUUGGGGGAGGAUAUAAUGGACGAUGAUGAAUAUCUUUAG